UUGUUCAAACAAGAGAGUGCUUCCAUCUUCCAAAACAAUCAAUCUCAAACACUCACCAGUCAUGGAGAAAGCAGCAGAAGUUAUCCCAGAGGUAGUCUUGAACUCUGGACAUAAAAUGCCAUUAAUAGGUUUGGGGACAGCAGGUUUCCCUGUCCCUCCAAAUCUCAUUUCUCAUAUUGUUGAAGCCAUUGAAGUCGGUUAUCGACAUAUCGAUACUGCUUCUAUCUACGGGACCGAAGAGUCUGUCGGCCAAGCCAUAGCCCAAGCACUCGAGAAAGGCCUAAUAAAAAGCCGUAGCGAUGUUUUCGUUACUUCAAAGUUAUGGUGUAUAGAUGCAGACCAUGAUCUUGUCCUUCCAGCACUCAAGGAAACACUCAAGAAACUUGGGUUAGAUUAUGUGGAUCUCUAUUUGGUGCACUGGCCUGUAAAGUUGAAACAAGGAGCAGGCUUCCCUCCUCAAAAGGAGGACAUUCUUCAAUUUGAUAUGAAAGGGACUUGGGAAGCCAUGGAAGAGUGUUGCAGGCUUGGGUUAGCAAAGUCUAUUGGUGUUAGCAACUUCUCCUGCAAGAAACUCUCCCAACUUCUUACUUUUGCCACCAUCCCUCCCGCCGUGAAUCAGGUGGAAAUGAAUCCUACAUGGCAGCAGAGGAAGCUGAAGGAGUUCUGUAAUGAGAAAGGGAUCCAUGUCAGUGCUUGGUCUCCUCUUGCCGCAUAUGGAACUUACUGGGGUUCAACUUCAAUAAUGGAGAAUCCAAUUCUCAAAGAUAUUGCCAUGGCUAAGGGGAAAACUAUUGCACAGAUCUCACUGGGAUGGAUAUAUCAGCAAGGAUCAAGUCCAAUUGUGAAGAGCAUCAACAAGGAUAGGAUGAAAGGAAACCUCCAAAUAUUUGAUUGGGAAUUUACCCAGGAAGAAAUGGAUAAGAUAAGCCAGAUUCCACAGAAAAAGGGAUCUCCAGGAGAAAUUUUUGUCUCACCAAAUGGACCUUACAAGUCUUUGGAGGAACUUUGGGAUGGGGAGAUCUAACCCC